AAUUCUGUCACAGAUGAGUUGGUCCCCUGAACUUAGCUACCAGCUCAUGUCCAGGGGACCUUAGUAUCUGAGACCAAGACAUUUUACUACAGUCAUGUCUUUUGCAGGGAGCUAAGAUCACCAGGAAUCAUCUGCCAUUCCAGACCCCUUGCUGCUUCCUGCCAGGUGGCCCCACUGCCAAGAAGAAAUGGUGGAUUUCCCAGUCUUGCCAGACUUCUCCCAGCAAGUACCUCUGUCCAACAAUCUCUUCUUAUUCACACAUCUCCUUCUUCUUCUUUGGCCUGGAGAGAUGAACUCAGAGGAGGUCAGUGUGGUAGGCCCUGGGGAAUCCAUCCUGGCACUUGUGGGGGAAGAAGUGGAGUUCUCAUGCCACUUGUCACCAUACCUGGAUGCUGAGGAUAUGGAGAUCCGCUGGUUCCGGAGUCGGACCUCUGAAGUGGUCCACCUGUACCAGGGGCGGCAGGAGCUCUAUAGCCAGCAGAUGAUGCAGUUCCAGAACAGGACCAAACUCUUCAAAGAUGAUAUCAUGGAUGGUAGUGUGAACCUGCAACUCCUUGGCAUCAUUCCUGCUGAUGAGGGCCUGUAUGGGUGCCGUUUCCUCUCCAGCAACUUCUCUAGGGAAGCAGUCUGGGAGCUGGAGGUAGCAGGGAUGGGCUCAGACCCUCACAUCUCCCUUGAGGGCUUCAAGGAGGGAGGCAUUCAGCUGAAGUGCAGUUCCAGUGGCUGGUACCCCAAGCCCCAGGCUCAGUGGAAAGAUCAUAAAGGACAGUGCCUGCCUCCAAAGAUGGAAGCCAUAGUCCAGGAUUCCAAGGGCCUGUUCAAUCUGGAAACAUCUGUGAUUGUUCAAGGGGGUGCCCAUAGUAAUGUGUCCUGCUCCAUCCAGAACUCUCUCCUGAUACAGAAGAAAGAGUUCACCAUCCAGAUAGCAGAUGCAUUUUUACCCGGAACCUCACCCUGGAAGAGAGCUUUCCUUGGGUCUCUGGUGGGACUGCCAUUCCUCCUGGCUUUUCUCUUGACGCUGGCGCUGUACUUCUUUCAGAAGCAACGUAGGUCCCAAGAAAAGUUGAAGGAGCAGGCUGAGAAGGACAAAGGGAGACUCACAGAAGAGCUGGGGAAGCUUCAGACAGAGCUUGACUGGAGAAGGGCUGAAGGCCAGGCUGAAUGGAGAGCAGCCCAACAGUAUGCAGUGCAUGUAACCCUUGAUCCGGCCUCGGCGCACCGCAGCCUGGAGGUCUCCGAGGAUGGCAAGAGCGUGUCCUCUUGCGCAGCAGUGUCCGGCUCUGUGGCGGGGGACCAGCAGCGGUUCUCUGAGCAGACGUGCGUGCUGAGCUGUGAGCGCUUCUCAGCUGGCCGACACUACUGGGAAGUGUAUGUGGGACGGCGCAGCCGCUGGUUCCUGGGUGUGUGUCUGGCUGCAGUUCCCCGCUUGGGGCCAGUGCGCCUAAGCCCGGCCAGCGGUUACUGGGUGAUGGGGCUGUGGAACCACUGUGAGUACUUCGUCCUGGACCCACACCGCAUCCCGCUCACCCUGCGCGUGCCGCCCCGGCGUGUGGGCAUCUUCCUGGACUGGGAGGCAGGAAAACUGUCCUUCUUCAACGUGUCCGACGGCACCCACAUCUUCACCUUUACCGACACCUUCUCAGGCACGCUCUGUGCGUAUUUCAGGCCCAGAGCUCACGACGGUGGUGAACACCCGGAUCCCCUAACCAUCUGUCCAUUGCCUAUUAGGGGGACACAAGACCUGGAAGAGGAUGACCGUGACACCUGGUUACAGCCCUAUGAGCCCACAGAUCCCACCCUGGGCCUAUAGUGAGGCACUCUUUUGCCUGCGGGUCUGGGUCUUUGGCGGCUUCCUGGAUACUUUUUGCUCUCCCGCUUCUACGGAGGAAGCAUCACAAAAAUGUCAGCAAAGGCUAAAGAGCACAGCAGAAAGGGAACAAAAAGAGGAACCUUUGCUUAUAUGUGUGUGUAUACACAUAUAUACAUAUAAAUACACACACACACACACACACACACACACGAUUUUCUUUAAGAAAAAUAGGGAAUUCCAAAGCUUGUUUGUGUGGAUGGUAAGAAAAAGCAAAUGAAUAACAAUAAAUUCAUGCUGUCAUUAGCCAUAGUAUGCACUGUGGAAGACCAGAAAGAAACUGGAAUGGAGGAAAGAUGGAGGUAAAUCUUACUGGACUGGAUAAGAAGUAUCGGUUAGCUUGUAUAUUUCUUAUACUUUUUGUAUAUGUUUUCUAGUUCUAAAAUGUCUAGAAGCAAUGACACUUCAUAAGCAAUGAGUUCACUUAGGGCUUAGAUCCAGUGUUAAAUGGCACUUCUCACUGAAAUGAACUUGGAGAAAUGGCUGAUUCCAGGGUUGGAGCAGAGAAAGUACAGGUGAAUCUGGAACAUUGUGUAUUCAAAUGUGCUCAGAAACUGAUGGGGACGUAGGAACUAGGAUGAAGAGGCUCCACUAGCCAGUUAUGAGACAGCUUGAACAUUAUAAUGAAUAAUGACAAGAAUUGAUCAACAAGGAAUUGAGCAAAUAAGAAAAUUCCCUAAGUGUGCCGAGAGGUUUCUCAGUCAGAAAAUAAAUAAAAAAAUGCAGAAAAAGGAAAGAAGAAAAUGAAAGGUAACUCUAUGAACUCACUUUUUUUUUUAUAUGUACAGAUAUGUGGAGCACACACACAUGUGAUAGGUAUAGGUAGAUAGGUAUGUAGGUAGGUAGAUAGAUGUGUGUCUGCAUGCAUAUGGUUCCUAGCUCUGUCAGUUUUGACAGCUUAGAAACAAUAACACACCUAGCACCCAGAAUUUAGCUUUUAGUACUGUUUUCCACAAAAGGAAUGAAGGUUCCUUUGAGAAAUGGUGGACUCCAGGGCUGAGGCGGGGAAAACACAAAAUAGGUGUGAUAUUAUGAUUAAUAAGUAUAUAUUUGCUCUUCCACCUAUACUCUCACACAGAGCUCUUGAAACCCUUAGAAUUUCCUAAAUGGUAAGAGCUAUUAGGGUGGCUUUUGGUAUUCAUAACAAGCACCUUUCAACCAUACCUUAUUUAUGUUAAUGAUAUGUCUUUUGGAAAGCCCCCUAAGGAUGGGGCUGGUUAUCAGAGGAACCAAGUAUGUGAUUAAAAGGUUAAAACUUAGACCCAUCUCCCAACCUCCACUUCCAAACUCAGUGAAGACAGGCUGGAGAUUAAGUGCAAUCACCAGUAUUGCCAAUGACUUAAUCAACAGAAUAUAUGUAAUGAAACCUACAUAAAACUCAAAAGGACCAGGUUCAUAGAGCUUCCAGGUUGGUGAACUCUUGAAGAGGGGGAGAGAGUGGUGCACCCAGAAAGCAUGGAAGCCUCACACUUUACCCCAUUCCUUGUUUUUUGCAUCUUUCCAUUUGGCUGUUCCUGGGUUAUAAUAAACCAGCAAUCUAGUAAAUAAACUGUUUUCCUGA